GCUCUAUAUAGAGAGGGGAAAUCCGUUCAUUACUAGAGGCCAGACAGGAGGCAGAAGAGAGUGAGUGUUCAGUACUUUGACCUGUAGCUGAAACAGACCUGCUCACAUUUUGUUCACUGGAUAUAACCAGAACAAGGAUUUUAUUUCACCAAACAAGAUAAGCAAUGUUGAAGCUCUUGAUGCUGGCCGCCAUUGCAGCGCUCCUCCUGCUGUCGGAAGGGGGAAUGUCAGCGAGGACUCAGUCCCGCACUAAGAGAGAACUGGCCAGACCGUUGCACCGCGGGGGGAUCCGGGACCCCUUUGGCUCCUACUGCCAGAGGAGAGGAGGCUGCUGCCCCGGCCGAAAUGACCAGUGCACUGUGCCUUACCUGGACACCAUCUGUUACUGCGACCUGUUCUGCAACCGCACCGUGUCCGACUGUUGUCCUGACUUCUGGAGCCAUUGCCUGGGAACAAAUCCUCCAUACCCUCCCAGUUCUUGUGAAAGGAACGGACACAGGUUUCACUCAGGAGCAACAUACAAAGAGAACUGUAAUUUAUGUACAUGUGGUCAAAAUGGCCGCUGGGAAUGUGAGGAUCAUGCCUGUCUGAUAGAAGAUGACAUGAUCAAAGAAAUCAACAGAAGAAGCUAUGGUUGGAGGGCAUCAAACUACAGUCAGUUCUGGGGUAUGACCCUGGACGAGGGUCUGCGGUAUCGUCUGGGCACAAAACGCCCCUCACGGACUAUUAUGAACAUGAAUGAGAUCCAGAUGAAUAUGAAUGGAAACAAUAAUCUGCCAAGUUACUUCAAUGCAGUAGACAAGUGGCCAGGGAAAAUCCAUGAGCCACUGGAUCAGGGGAACUGCAAUGCAUCCUGGGCUUUCUCAACUGCAGCUGUUGCAUCAGAUCGGAUCUCUAUUCAGUCAAUGGGUCACAUGACCCCUCAGCUCUCACCUCAGAAUCUGAUUUCCUGUGACACGCGUCAUCAGGACGGCUGUGCCGGUGGGCGUAUCGACGGGGCCUGGUGGUACCUAAGACGAAGAGGGGUAGUGACAGAGGAGUGUUACCCCUUCUCUGCACCCCAGCAAACCCCUGCUGAAGUGGCUCGCUGUAUGAUGCAAACUCGAGCGGUGGGCCGGGGAAAGAGGCAGGCCACAGCGCACUGUCCCAACAGCCACAGCUACCACAAUGACGUCUAUCAGUCAACCCCACCAUACAGACUGUCCUCCAAUGAGAAAGAGAUUAUGAAAGAGAUUAUGGAUAAUGGCCCCGUGCAAGCCAUCAUGGAGGUCCACGAGGAUUUCUUUGUGUACAAGAGUGGAAUUUACAGACAUACAGAUGUCAAUUACCACAAACCGUCACAGUACCGCAAACACGCAACGCACUCUGUCAGGAUAACAGGAUGGGGAGAGGAGAGAGACUACAGUGGCAGAACACACAAAUACUGGAUUGGAGCCAAUUCAUGGGGGAAGAACUGGGGCGAGGACGGUUACUUCCGCAUCGCUCGUGGUGUAAACGAGUGUGAGAUCGAGGCGUUUGUGAUCGGCGUGUGGGGCAGAGUCACCAUGGAAGACAUGCACAACCAUCAUGGACGGCGCAAGUAGAGAACUGCAGAUCUAAACCACAAUGUCAAUCAGGUCUUUUGCAGGUUUGUUAGAGUCUGAUUUCCACCAAACCGACCAAACCCCAGUGCCUUCUGAAUAUCUGUUCACACCAUAUGCAUAAAAAAGUGGUGUCCACUGCCCCCCUCUGUCCAAAUACACAUCUCCACUGAAGUUUUGGUUCCUUUGGGUCACUAGUAGGAGGAAUGUAAAACUCAAUUUUGUGUUUAUGGCAAAUAUCGUCUUAUUGGUGGAAUCUGGCUGGUUACACUCCUUGACUGGACCUCAAAUAACAAACAGCCACAGGACUCAGACACACUCAGGACUCAGUAUUCCAGAAACACACUUCACAGGCACACGCUCUCAGCAUCAUAAUAUAACUAUCUCAAAUGUCUAAUAUAGUGAUAUUAGGAUGCGUCUUAUGUUUUGUGUUUUACCUUACUUUUGGGAAUGAUCACACACUAAGGCAGCCAGUCAGACAGCACUCCAUACUUUCUGCUAAAGGGAUAGAGGAACACCAGGAUGGGGAAAGAAGAAGGUUUUAGGACCAAUAAUUUAUUUUAAAAAUACCCUAGGUUAGAUUUAUGACAGUUCUCAGCAUUCCGUUGAGAUUAAGGUUGUUUAAUUAUUAAAUAUUUUAAGAUGUAAAGAACCACUCCAGUCUGUCUCUGUGAUCAAAAUCUGAUUCUUUUGGGUUGGCUGAACAGAUACAGACCACUGUCUUCACAAUUCAAAACAACUGUUAGUCACUCUCAUUGAACUAUAGAAGCUUGUUUCCAUCACGGAAUAAAAAAAUAAAAAGGUUUAUAUAUAUCACAAUUGUGAGAGAAAAAAGUAUUUCUGACAAUUCUGACUAUUUCUCGCAAUCACAAGUUCAGAUAUUAUAACUCGCAAUAUAUAGGCAUAAAAAAUGUCCUUAUUUUUUAUCACAUGGCGGUGUCAUGACAAAUCGGGUCCUCCCUCAAAAUCAAGUCUCCCCACAGUCAGUUAAUGAUUAUCCGAAGUAUAUACGAAUGAUAUUCAUUUAAAAUACCCAUAUAGCUUACUAUAUAAUGCUUAAGAAAACAAAUUAGUGCAUAAUAAAACAAAUUGAACGUACAUUUUGUACUCUUGAUUAACUGUUAAUAAUAAUUAUAAUAGCCUAUUAAGUGAAUAAUUGAACAUCAUUAAUUUGUUUUAUUUAUAACUGAAAUAUUUGGACAUUUAACACUUAACACAAUUACAUUACAGAUGAUUUGUGAAUACAUGUACGUGUAUAAACUACUCUAUCAGGCUAAUCGGGUAUCUGUAUGCUAUUCUAGUACAUAAGCUAACUUAUACAGACAUAAAUUGUCAUUAUAACGUAGUUGAAACAGCAUUUAUCAUAAGAUUUUGUAUGUAAGCAGGCACUAAAUAGAGUACUUAUUAAAACGCAAUUUGAACAGUGGGAUCAGUGGGGUCCUAAUGUAGACCUGAUUUCGGCGGGAGACCCAAUUUGUCACUACAGCGGAACCAAGCUUCUGUAUAUAACAGGAAACUAUGGAGGCCUGUACAUGAAAUGCUGACAAAAAUAUAUAUCGUGGCCACGAUUUACUAAUUCAUU